CUGGGAGCGCGCCGCGGCCGGAGAUAGCGCCCGGACACCGGAAAAGGCGAUUCCCUGAGCGCUCCGGAGUUGGAGACAAUUGGGGGUUCAGGCUUAAAUAUCUUUCGAGGUCUGCGCGGGGCAGCCAUUGGCGGCGGAGCGUCACGUGACCGCGGGGGCGUGCCAAUGUGCGCCCUCACGGGUGUCCAGCCCCUGUCAGAGUGUGUGAUCAAGAUCGUGAAACAACGCGAUGCAAAAAGCGACCUACUACGACAGCUCCGCGAUCUACGGUGGCUACCCCUAUCAGGCAGCCAACGGGUUCGCUUACAAUGCCAGCCAGCAGCCAUACUCGGCGUCCGCAGCUCUGGGCGCGGAGGGCGAGUACCACCGACCCGCCUGUUCACUCCAAUCACCCGCCAGCGCUGGGGGCCACCCUAAGGCGCACGAGCUGAGUGAGGCCUGUCUGCACACCCUGAGCGGGCCGCCCAGCCAGCCCCCAGGCCUGGGCGAGUCACCCCUGGCCCCGCCACCGCCCCAGGCUGCGCCCCCUGCCCCUCAGCAGCCUCAGCCACCUCAGCAGCCCCCUGCGCCAGCUCCUGCCGCGCCCCCAGCCCCAUCUUCAGUCUCCCCACCUCAGAAUGCCAGCAGCAAUCCCACCCCUGCCAGUGCGGCCAAGAGCCCCCUACUCAACUCGCCCACCGUGGCCAAACAGAUCUUCCCCUGGAUGAAGGAGUCUCGGCAGAACACAAAGCAGAAAACCAGCGGCUCCAGCUCAGGGGAGAGCUGCGCAGGCGACAAGAGUCCGCCUGGGCAGGCGUCCUCCAAGCGGGCCCGCACGGCCUACACCAGCGCGCAGCUGGUGGAGCUGGAGAAGGAAUUCCACUUCAACCGCUACCUGUGCCGGCCACGCCGCGUGGAGAUGGCCAACCUGCUGAAUCUCACGGAGCGCCAGAUCAAGAUCUGGUUCCAGAAUCGCCGCAUGAAGUACAAGAAGGAUCAGAAGGGCAAGGGCAUGCUGACGUCAUCAGGGGGCCAGUCCCCAAGUCGCAGCCCCGUGCCUCCGGGCGCUGGCGGUUAUCUGAACUCGAUGCAUUCGCUGGUCAACAGUGUCCCCUACGAGCCCCAGUCGCCCCCGCCUUUCUCCAAGCCCCCCCAAGGCACCUAUGGGCUGCCCCCUGCCUCCUACCCCGCCCCUCUGCCCAGCUGCGCGCCCCCGCCGCCCCCACAGAAGCGCUACGCAGCUGCAGGGGCAGGCGCGGGGGGCACACCCGACUACGACCCGCACGGGCACGGCCUGCAGGGCAACAGCAGCUAUGGGACCCCACACUUACAGGGAAGCCCCGUCUUCGUGGGGGGCAGCUAUGUGGAGCCCAUGAGCAACUCUGGGCCCGCCCUCUUCGGCCUAACUCACCUCCCCCACGCUGCCUCGGCUGCCAUGGACUACGGGGGUGCCGGGCCGCUGGGCAGCGGCCACCAUCACGGGCCUGGGCCAGGGGAGCCGCACCCCACCUACACGGACCUUACCGCCCACCAUCCUUCUCAGGGAAGAAUUCAGGAAGCCCCCAAGCUCACCCACCUGUGAUGGUGGACUCGGGGCUGC